UUUGUCUGCAGUAUUUCGUUUACUUGGUUAGGUGAAUGUAUUGCGUGUCGCGUGCGCUCGACGUAGUUAUUCAUGUGUUUUAAAAUCUUUCGUAAGUUUCGAAAAGUUGCAUUUAUGUACCUAUUUUUAUUAUUCGCGAAUCGUUCACGAAUUUAAUUUGUUUGUAUGUCAUUUUUAAAUCUGUUCGUAGUGUAUUUUAAAUACUCAUGUUUCGUCGGUGUUUUUGUUUUUUAAUUUCGGGUUCAUGCCGAAAAAUAGUGUAAUUAUUCGUUUGUGUUCCGCAGUUUUACGCUAUUAGUGAACGUAAACAUUCCCAUUAGCUAUGGCGGAAAAAGGAUUCAAAAAUGCACUUUCAUUCCUCUACAUCUUCAUUCCGAUGCUACUUCUUUCUAAAUCAGUCGUUUCUGUCAAACAACAAAGUUUUCGAGUAGAACCUCGGAAUACUCGAGUUCAAGAAGGAUCCGAAAUCACACUGGAAUGUGAAAUCAACAAUAGAGGCGGUGAAGUGCAGUGGACGAAAGAUGGUUUCGGAUUAGGAACUGGAGAAUCGUUGGUCGGAUUCCCUAGAUAUAUGAUGGUCGGUGAUAAAGAUAACGGCGUUUAUAAUUUGAGAAUACGCAACGUGAGCUUGGAUGACGAUGCCGAGUUCCAGUGCCAAGUGGGCCCGCUUCGUAAUCCGACCCAUGCACCUAUUCGAAGGAUAGCGAAUUUGACCGUUCUAUCUCCACCAGCGUCUAUCGAAAUGGUCGGCUAUAGACCAAAUUCGACCGUGGAAAUUCAUCAAAAUCAAGAAUUAGUUUUGGAAUGUUUGGUGAAGAAAUCUAAACCAGCGGCCAAAAUUGUUUGGUACCGGAAUUCCAACGAACUUAAAUUAGAAAACCGGGUUGAUAAAGUGAUGGAAUCGAAAGAAAGUCAUUCGAAGGCGAAGCUAUACGACGUGUCUAGUCGUAUUCGUUUGACACCGACAGCUGAAGAUGAUUAUAUUAAUUAUACUUGUGAGGCGCAGCAUGAAGCUUUGCCUUUGGAUAUGGCUCUCAAAGUUACCGUUCAACUUAGUGUUAUGUAUCCACCUGAACCUCCGUAUAUUGAAAGUUUUCCUAAAGGAGAUAAAUUCAACCGAGGUGAAAAAAUAGAAUUGAUAUGUAAAUCUCGUGGAGGAAAUCCGCCAGCUCAACUGGUAUGGUACAAAAAUGGAGAGCAAGUGCGUGAUACAGCUGAAUACCGUCAAAAUGGAAGAAUGUCAGAAAAUGUAUACGUAUUUACGGCGGAAAUGGAUGAUAAUAAAGCAAAAUACACUUGUGAAGCAUCCAGUGUUGUUGGUCCUACCCAUAUGAAAACAGAACUAAAUCUUACCGUACACUACGCACCUACACAAGUUACCAUUCUCGGUCCAACGGAAGCGAAAGUAGGAGAUUUAGUACAUCUGAACUGUACGACUGGAGUUAGCAAUCCGGCGGCGUCAAUAAAAUGGACGAUUGACGGACGUCAAGUUCAUAAUACGACGUACAAAUCGGAGGCUGAACCCCACAUCGGUUGGAUUAGUUCAUCGGUCAUUUCAAUACCUAUUACACCGGACAGAUCUAAUAUUAUCGUGAUAUGUCACGCUGUGAAUUCGUACGUGGAAGAAAACGUGGUGAAUACUCACACCAUUAACGUGUUAUAUCCUCCAGAGGCUCCUAUUAUUAGCGGAUAUACACCUGGCGAAUACAUCGAAUCUGGAACAGUGAAAACGUUAAAGUGCAAAUCAACCGGUGGAAAUCCAUUAGCGUCACUCAUGUGGUACAAGAACGAUAAAAAGAUUGAUAAGGUACCUGUCAAGUCUGAUAAAUCUACCGUGUAUUCGGAAUACAGCAUUUUCGUAAAUGCUACAGACAACGAAGCUAUUUAUAAAUGCGAAGCCUCUAAUCUCGCCACUGACAUUCCGUUAUUCAAAAUCGUUAAACUUAAUGUUUACUUCCCUCCUGAUACGGUGAAAAUAAAAAAAGAACCAAAGGUAUUACGAGCUGGUAGUGCGGCUAAGUUGAUUUGCGACGCAAGCUCUAGUAAUCCGGAGGCUGAUUUGACCUGGUGGAGAGAUGGUAUUCCAGUCACCGAAGGAAUCAGCAAAAUGAGUAAACCUGGAUUACACGGUGGAAACGUGACCACGAGUGAACUAUCUUUAAGUAUCACUCCCGAUAUGGAUAGAAGCGAAUAUAUUUGCCAAGCUGAAAAUACCGUGAUGAAGCGUAAAAUUCACGCCGAUGAUGUUUUAUCUGUUUUAUAUAAACCUAUUUUCAAUGAUUUGAACGAAACGUCAUUCAUUAACGUCGAAGGAGACGAUUUAGUAAUAAUGCUUCAAGCAAAUGCUCAACCUUCGGCUAUUUCCUAUACCUGGACUAGAAAUGGCGAACGUGUUUCAAAAUUUGAUGGCCCGGUGCUUAAUUUUACUCGAGUGGAUCGUAAGGAUAGUGGAUUUUACACCUGUGAAGCAAGUAAUAGCGAAGGAUCGGCUACGAUGAAUUUUACUAUUACCGUUCAAUACCCUGCUUCAGUUAGUGGUAUUUCAAACGAAGUAUUGGUGGAUGAAGGUGAGCACGCGGAAUUAUGGUGCACGGUAGAUGCUCUACCACUCAUUUCCGAUCAUAUUUCUUGGAGGAGGCCGGGAUUCCCAUUAGGAGAAAGAAGCGCGGUGGUCUAUAAAAAUAAUACGUCCUAUUUAACCGUACACGAUGUAACGAAAAAAGAUAUGGGACCUUUUUAUUGUGUUGCCGAUAAUGGUUUAGGAAACGAGACAAGUCAGCCGGCUUUGUUGAUCGUGAAACAUAAACCAGAAUUCGAUCAAUCUCCAGUGCUGCAAAGAGCUGCUAGUCGUCCAAAUGAAACUGGUAGGCUAAUUUGUAGAGCCUCCGGUGCGCCAAAAUUAACAUUUUCGUGGUCUAAAGAUAUGGCUUCGCCUAUUGCCAAUAAUACGAAUAAAUAUUCUGUUCAUUUCAACAAGCUCGAUGCGAUAACAUACGAAUCGAUUCUAUCAAUUCGAAACGUUGAACCGAAAGAUUACGGAUUUUAUCAAUGCAGCGCUCAUAACAGUAAAGGCUCCAAAACAACUAAAAUUAAUUUCACCACUCCUACUCACCCUGAUCCACCGCUAUCAAUGAAUGUUGUUAAUACUACCCAUGACACGAUAACAAUCGCUUGGACGCCUGGUUUUGAUGGAGGAGAACCGGCGAGAUAUAAAAUUCGAUACGCAGAAUCGCAUUCAACUACGCUAAAUUAUCGAUAUUCCGAAGUUGAUAGUAAUACUGUUCAAACGAUUACGGGGCUACAAUUAGGAACUCCUUACAUAAUUAGCGUGUUGGCGUAUAAUAGUUACGGAAAAAGCGAUUAUGCGAAAGGCGUUAAAGUCGUUACAUCAAGUGAAGCUCCUCCGUUUUUACCCAGCCUGAGUGAAGUAACAAGUAAUCGUGGAAGAAUGUCAUUGGUGGUUGGCGCGGUUGUGGCUUUAACUUUAAUUCUGUCGAACAUAUUGUUGUUGGUGUUUUGCUUGCUAAGACGGUCUAGGAAAGAAAUAGUUGCAGGAAAUAACGAGCAAAACAGUAACAAAUCGGGUACUAUUGAAAUGUACGCUCCGAGUAGUUAUAAUGAAACGAUGACUGGUGAAACACUAAGUUCAGUUUCGGAAAAGUCAGAAACAUAUUCAGAUUCGCGGCAAGAUUACGACGAAAAAAGGAAAAAUUGUGGUAACACAUAUAUGAUCGAACCAAUCGAUUACCCUUUCCAAUAUCCAGGAUAUGAUACCCAUCCCAAAGAUACGAGUAUAGGUCGACACAGAAAUCCUUACAUUAGUCAUAAUGGAACUGGAUAUCAAAGUGAGAAUUCAAGUCGUUACAGUAGUACAGCGGAUCCUCGUUAUGUUACAUAUCCUCCACCGGUUCAAUUUGCUCAACCAACUUUACCAUCAAAUGGUACAUUAAGAUGUGGUGCUGUGCCUCCUCCUGAUGUAACUGUGUUAACAGCUCCCCCUCCAAUUUCCAUGUCAACUUUCAACUAUGAUAGUUCAGAGACUGAAGGUCAUCUAGUUUGACAAGAACUUACUUAUCUCUGAAUUACUCUCAGAGAUAAUAUGCGCAUAAUCAGCAAUAAUUGUUUUCUAUUGUGAUAUUCUUCUUUUUAAUUUAUUUUUGUGAGUUCAUAUACUUACUUACUUUUUUUUUAUAAAUUAUUUUAAUGCUGUUGAAUGUGUUUCCUUUUAUAUGUUUUUAUUUCAGUGAAAAAAUUUAUGUUGUGAUUAAGUUGUUUUGUUAAUUUCAUUUGUUUGUUUGUUUUUAUUUUUCUCUCUUUGUACCUAUCGUUCGCGAGUACCUACUUUGUAAAUUGUUCUAGGUAUAUCUAUUUUAGUUUUGUAGGACUUUGUUGGAAACAGAAAUUGUCAGUAUUUUUCGAAUAUUCGAAUCCCCAUUGAUCAACCAUGGUCAUUUAUUAUGUAUCGAUAGAAUGUGCAUAGGUACCUUGUACUUUGUGUGCGUAGGUGCCUAGAUUACUACUUAUCUAGUUAUCUAUCUUACGUUUUUGUGUUCGUUUUUAAAACAAUUUUCACCAAUACAUUCCUGCAGAUCUAUUCCACAUAAAUUUAUUAGGUACUCAAAUAUGUAUCAUUUUGUUGGAUUAUUAUUAUUUUUUUCAACUUGCAUGAAAUUCGUUUGAUACGCGAUUAAAACAUUUCGAAAGUUUUAUUGAAAAAAAAAGAUAGUUACAAGCGAAGUUAUAUUGAACUGGUCCUUUGCUUUUUUUGUCAUCAUUGAGCUUGCUGUGUUGAACUCGAAUACUUAAUAUUUAUCGUAGUGUUGCAUUUCCCUUCUUUUUUCUCUUACUUUUCAUUUCUUUCAUUUCUUUUUUUUCGAAUGUAAAGUAGGUAACGCUCAAUUAUAUUCGUGAAAUUGUAAAUAUUGUACAUAUCUUUGUAUAGAUAAUUUUGUGAUGCAUCUCAUCUAGAUAAUUUUUCAAUUUAAAAAAAAGUAAAAUGUGAUUUAAAUAUUGUGUAAUCAUCCGUCUAAUUUUACUCUGCAUUUUUUUAUAUUUGUGUAUUUUAUUCUUACUUUUUUUUUACCCCCUGCUACAUUGUUUUCCUUCGAUCCCGCUCGCAUAGCUUUUACUAUAUUCCAUCGUAUUAUGAAUGAUAAGUAUUGUCAAUGAAAAAGUCUAGUCAAAUAUUAUUUUUAAAAAUGCAGUUGAAAGAUACUUUCCAUUUAUUAUUAAGGUUGACUAACCAUACCAACAUUUUGUUACUAGAGAAAUUCGCGCAAAUCAUUAUAAUAACAGAUUUAUAACAAUCAAUUCAACAUGGUUUUCUGUGAUCACAAUUAAGCGAAAAAAGAAAAAAAAUCGUUUUUCUUAAGUAUUAAUGAAUGUAAGCAAUAUCAUGAAUUAUUUUGUAAUUUUUUAUGUACGAAUCGGUGUAUUUGACCAAUAAAAUGUUUUAUUUUUCUAA